GUGCACGGUAACGUCGACUUAGCCUCCCCCUCACAUGGUACAGACGCGGACUCCCAGACGCGCUCUCUCCUCCGGCUGUCGUCAAGGGCUCCGCGUCGCUCCGUCCGUUAAACUUGGGAGCCGCUGUUUCGCCCCCGCCUUCCAUUUUAACCACGGUAGUUGGCGGCUAACAACAGUCACGUUAACUUGGGUCCGUCCGCAGCCAGCGCGUUAGCCGCUUUAGCAGAGCGGGGGGCGAUAGCGGUGAGGUCGCUCGCCGAGCGUGUUUCCGUAUUUGGGAGUGAGGAGCGUUAUUAACACGCCGGGCUCCGCCAAACGAUAUACGGUUGUCUGGAGGAGGGGGGGGGCGCUCCGCCGCCGUCGCGGCGUCGUCGCUAGCGGUCAGCGGCGUUAGUCCGCUAAUCCGCAUGCGGGGUUCGCGUUUAAACCGGGGGAAAGUUGUUGAGUGUUCGCCGUGCGGUUCUCCGACUGGUCUUUGUUCUGCCUGGGAAAAAUGGGAAUGGUGGGGCAGCUUUAGCCUAGCCCGAUCAACUGGUCGGGAUUAGCUCGGACUCGUCCGCAUUAAUAGACGGACGCAAAUAAUUGGGUUUAAAGCAGGCGUCAACUAGCGGGACCCCGAGCCAUUAGGUGCCUUUGGCGUUAUUCGCCAUGUGGAUCGCACGGCAGCGCGUCACGCGAGGAUGUUCCUGUGCAUGCCUAUGAUCACUGUGGACAUGGGUGAUGAAGCUCAGUGGCAGCAUUUAGUGAUGUAUCGCUCCAAAUCUAAUCGAGCAGCCCAUUGUCACAAAUGAAUUGCUGCUUGGCUGUGGGAUGUGUGUCCUAUCACUGAGGCCACAUGUGCAUCAGCAGAGAUGGAUCGUUGUAAGCAUGUGGGGCGCCUUCGUCUGGGCCAGGACCACUCCAUCCUCAAUCCACAGAAAUGGCAAUGUAUGGACUGCAGCACCACGGACUCAGUGUGGGCCUGCCUCAAGUGCUCCCACGUGGCUUGCGGACGUUUCAUGGAGGAGCAUUCGCUCAAACACUUCCAGGAGUCACGCCACCCCCUGGCUAUGGAAGUGCGGGAGCUGGAUGUUUUCUGCUUCGCCUGUGGGGACUAUGUGCUUAAUGACAAUGCUGAGGGAGACCUUAAACUCCUGAGAGGGGCACUCUCGACUGUUCACAGCCCAGGUAGGCGGUCACUGCGCUCCUCUGCACCUGGGGAAUGCACCGUCUGGGUAGCGGAUGGAAGGCCACAGCCUGCCAUGCAGUUGGCCCUGCGACACAGGAGGAAGGCACUCCUGCGGAAGAUGUUUCAGAGUUGGGUCAGAGAGCACCAAGAGUUGCAAAGCCAGCGCAAGCGUAAGCUAGAGGAAGAAAAGGAGGAGAUCAGACAACAGAGGAAGGAGGUGAAAAAGAAACUUAUGGAGGAGCUUGGCAGUGUUCCUCCCAGGAAGAGCGCACGGCUGCUCACCCAGGCACCGCGUUCGACCAUCACACUUAUUCCUCGCAAAUUUCGUGACCCCCCAGAGCGCCUACCUCCUCCUCCUCCCAAGAAGCCUCCUCUUCUGUCCCUUUCCCGCAAGGCCUCACAGAAUGGCAGGGCCACCAAACUUAGGAAGUACUACUCUAAUCAUGCGGCAACACGUCGGAGACUUGCUCCAGGCGUCACUGGUCUGCGCAACUUGGGGAACACAUGCUACAUGAACUCUAUAUUACAGGUGCUUAGUCACCUGCAGAAAUUCAGGGAGUGUUUUCUUACAUUGGACCUAUGUGAGACUGAGGAGUUGCUAGCAAAGACCAAUCACUCCCAGGGUGUGACGGGUGUGGCAGGAGGUGUAGUCAGUAGUGGUAGUGAUGCGCUGUCGGGAUGCCCUCUUGGACGCAUGAGCAAGGCGGGCUGUGUAGAUUUGCCUGUGGGCAAUAGAGAAACUGCCCCCACUUCUCUGUAUGCUGCAGAGCUGGUCCAACCCAAAGAACCACGCUCCUCUACCCGCCAGCAAAUGUCUCUGUGCCACGAGUUGCAUACACUUUUCAGGGUCAUGUGGUCGGGCCGUUGGUCUUUGGUAUCUCCUUUCGCCAUGCUGCACUCUGUGUGGAACCUGAUCCCGGCUUUCAGGGGCUAUGACCAGCAGGAUGCCCAGGAGUUUCUGUGUGAGCUGCUGGAUAAGGUGCAGCAGGAGCUGGAGUCCGAAGGGUCCAAACGCAGGAUAGUCAUCCCCAUCACCCAGAGGAAACUUUCCAAGCAAGUGCUUAAAGUUCUCAACACCAUCUUUCAUGGGCAGCUACUCAGCCAGGUCACUUGUCUGUCUUGUAAGCACAAGUCAAACACAGUGGAGCCGUUCUGGGAUUUGUCUUUGGAGUUUCCUGAGCGUUACCACAGCAUGGCGAAAGGCUCGAGUGCGACUGCCGAUCCCCGUAGCUGCACCCUCACUGAGAUGCUGGCCAAGUUUACAGAAACGGAGUCCCUCGAAGGCAGCAUCUACGCCUGCAACCACUGCAACAAAAGAAGACGGAAAACAUCCCACAAACCCAUAGUCCUCUCAGAGGCCUGUAAGCAGCUUCUGAUCUACCGUUUACCUCAGGUUCUCCGGCUGCACCUCAAACGCUUCAGAUGGUCCGGGCGGAACCAUAGGGAGAAGAUAGGCGUCCAUGUGGCCUUUGACCAGGUUCUGAACAUCAAACCUUACUGCUGCACAGGUUCAGGUCACUCCGUCCACAGAGGGGGCUACAUGUACGACCUGUCUGCCGUAGUUAUGCACCACGGUAAAGGCUUUGGCUCAGGGCACUAUACCGCUUACUGCUACAACACGGAAGGAGGUUUCUGGGUCCACUGUAAUGACUCUGAGAUGAAGGUUUGCAGUGUGGAGGAAGUAUGCAACACUCAGGCCUAUAUUCUCUUCUAUACCCAGAGGUCUGCCUAGGCUCCUCUCUCCCUGUGAUGUCAACUUGGACUCAAAACUAGCGUCACGUGUUGAAAUAAUCUUUGACUUAAUGGCAGAUUUCAUUAACACUAGAACGACCGGGCUUUCACGCCUACCUAAAAUGACCACAGGCAGUCAAAAUGACCGCUGGGUUUUAAACUCUAUAUUCUGUCGAGAUAAAUACCCAACUGAGAUAUUGAAGCAUUGCAUAUGUUAGUAUGUCUGUUAUGAAACUGACACCAAAAUUAACAUUUUAACAACUUUAAUACUAUUUUUCAAGCAAUUUAAAAUGGCCGC